AUGUCUUUCUCCGCCACCCGACCGCUGCUCUCCCACAAGCUUCCUCCCUCCUCCCGCGCCUGGCUAGCUCGUCAAUUCCGUGAUCCGUACGUGCGCGAACGUUCAGCAGCUCGCUUCCGUUCACGCUCUGCCUUCAAGCUCCUUGAGCUCGACGCCAAAUGGUCUAUCUUCCAGCCCGACGUGCUGACCGUCGUCGACCUUGGCGCCGCACCCGGAGGUUGGAGCCAGGUCGCGGCCUCCAAGCUUGGGUGGACGGAGGAGGAUGUCGUGGGGCUCCCGCGUGGACAUAACACCAAUAGAAAGGGAAAGGCGGGCUCCAGCUUCGGGCUUCAGCGGCGCGCCUCUGGUAGAUGGAGUGACUCAAGUCCCGAGCCCACAGAGGAAGACUACGACCCAUGGGAGGAACUCUUUGACGACGACAUUACACACAAGAUCGGGCGGGGGACGGUUGUCGCAGUCGAUCUGUUGCGCAUGCUCCCCAUACCCGGUGUCAAGACCGUCCAAAUGGACUUCCUAUCUCCCGAGGCCGACGCGUACAUCGCGUCGCUAGUCAAGAGUGACAUUAACCCAGAUGGCAAGGUUGAUGUCGUUCUAUCUGACAUGGCUGCCAAUAUCUCAGGCAACAAGACACAUGAUGUUGAGUCCUGCCUAGACGUCUGCAAUGCAGCUGCUACCUUCGCCCGGAAGCACCUAAUCGCGGCAGAGGAUGUCAGCAGAACACACGGAGGAGUUCUCGUCGUCAAGUACUUUGAGCAUCCGCUCUUGUCAAAGUUCCGUGCCAAAGAGCUCAAACCUUACUUUAAUGCCGUUUACAAUUGCAAGCCAGAGGCCAGCAGGUCAGAAUCCAGCGAGGGCUACUGGAUAUGCAUGGGUUUCAGAGGAGUCGAGGUGACAAGAUGA